UCUUCAUAAAUUUUAAAAAAUAAAUGAGAACCAACAGGAUUAACCAUCACAUAUUGUGUUAGUUAACCCCAACUCAACUCAUUAUUGUUUUGAUAUGAGGAGGAUGGUUGAGAUUUAAAUAUAACUUAGCAUACCACCAAAUGUAAAAUAUAGAAAUGAAGAAGGCAAGCCAGCUAUUGUGGAAAUGUGGAUCAGCCUGAAGUAAAAGACAUUUGAUUGCAAGGCAGGGAGCCAUGACCAAAGCUGGGUGGCUCAUUGUUUCCAUUUUUUGAUGUAACCGAGACAGAGCUAUUGGUAUUGAUGGUAUAAAAAGAAGGAAAGAGGAAAGGGAUGGGAUAUAGCUAUAAAGGCAAGGCAGGGAAGCUCAAUGGAUCCUAAGGUGGUAGCGUUGAUCGGGGUUGGACUUAGAAUCUUCAUCUUCAUAUGUCUUCUCAUCGCCUUAGUCGUAAUUGCUACUGACAAAUUGGCCCUCAUUAGUGGCUUCAAAGCAACCUUCAAUGAUGUCCAUGGAUACAGGUACAUGUUGUCUGUUGCAAUUAUAGGGUUGGCCCAUACAAUUUUACAACUGAGUUUCUCCAUAUACCAUCUGCUUACCCAAAACAUACCCCUUUGGAAUGGGCUUCCACAAUUCAACUACUACGCAGACCAGGUGAUAACUUGGGUGUUGGCCACGGCUGCUGGGGCUGGCUUUGCGGUCUCUGCAGAGCUGAAAAGUUUCGUGGAUUCACAUUCAACAGUUGAGAAGGAAUUUGGGGAAGAUUACGGGUUCUUCAGUCCACAAGUGGAUGAGCAGAAAUCGUUGAUAGAUGAUUUCUUCGAUAAGGCCAAUAUUGCCACUGCCAUUCUCUUCCUUGCUUUCCUCUCAAUGGCCACUCUCAUUCUUCUCUCUCCGUUCAAUCGGAUCAAACCAACUCCUCUCCCCACACAAGAUCUCGAGGCCCAAAAGCUCGAGGCCCAGUCUCCCCAGGCCCAAUCAACGGAGCCCCCUUCCGGUUGAUUUUAGAUCUCUCUCGCCGUUUCUGUUAUUCGAUUCCAAUAUUACUAUCCUCUCUCAAUGUAAUGUACUUGUUGUUUCUUAUGUUUACUCAUUUCCUCUUUAUUGUUUAGCUUCAGAGAAAUCCAAUUUUAUUAUCAGCACAAUGUUGUAGUAAAAAAAACAAAAAUAAAAAAUAAAAAUAGAUUUAGGCUUAAAUCUCAUUUUGGUUUUUCAGCUUUUAAA